GUUUGCUUGCAGUUCUCAUCAACCUCCGCGCCGCACUGCCACCAUGACAAAGACGAGUGGACACAAUGGUCCGAAGAACCUGCCAAUGCGACGCACCAUGAUCAAAAGCACGGUCGGCCAUGUGAAGCGACCAGCAUACGACCUUCCAGAUGCGAGAGAAACGGAACAUGUGUACGGCUACCCCAUCAUCCGAGACCCCGAAGAUGCCGGGCAAGUGAUGGGCAAGUGGGUCCAAGCCACGCCUUCUCCAGCAGUCGAGUCCACGCGCAGCUUUGUAGAGACAAAUCGAAGGGCGUUGCAAAUCGGGUGCAUCAAUGCCAAGGACGUGCGACAGUAUGCCAACGAACACCCAGAUAUUCGAGAAAAGGCAGCUCCUACGAAGAAACAAAUCGGGUACACUCCCACAAACGAUGUGAUUUACGGCAUCAAGACAGCUGCUUCCGAAGACAUUCAGAUGCUGAUCCAAGCCAAACACACCAACUUUCACACUGAUGGCCACGACUACCCGGACCUGUCUGGCAUGAAGAUCAAAGGCGUACGACUACCCUCCUUUUGUACUUGCUCAUGUGUGUGAUUGAGCGUAGAAACUUCCCCUGCCCCGUGAAACCAAAGCAUCCAUCAGCCAAGACAAGCGCCUCCAGCUGUUCAGCCAGCCUCCUGAAAAAGAACUCUUCAAAAUGUCCAAGUUCAAAAAGAUUGGUAGCAUGCUGGCCACCCAGCCCGUCUACGGAUCGCCAUCCUGUGACCCGUCGCCCCAGUACAUGGGCAAUGACGACGAUUCGAGUCCUCAGCAACAAGCCACCGACAAUUAGACAGCUCAACCUAUCGUGUAUGAAACCCCUUUGCAUCCCACUGCCUCUUGACUAGUUCGCCACGGAUGUAGCUCUCGUCGCGUUCUUAGCUACAGAAAGCGGACAUGAUCUAUACAUGC